UCAACGUCACCCGAAUCAGCAACCUCACAAUAUACCACAUGGCGCAGCAAGCACCGCCGGCGCUGCCGACCCUCGACGACGAGGAAGCGGGCGUGAUGGGGCUUACGGAAGUCGAGCCCAGCCCUGUGGAAGAGACGCCUAAUGAGUUCAAGGAAGGAUACUUCCCGGUAGAUGAGAAGCGCGAGAGACAGGAAGAAUUCGGACUACCGCGGAGAACGACAACGAUACUGGGUCUGGGCGGGAGUCACGGGCCGGUGUGGUGGUUGACGCGCAUCCAAAAGUACUCCUCCUAUGCCUUUGGCAUCUUCGCCACUUUCCACAUCGCCAACACCUCCUUGAUCCCCCUCGCCGUCCGCUCCGUCCCAGAUGCAAACCGCCAACUCCUCCUAACACGCCCAUACUACCAAUCAACCCUCGCCGAGCCACUCGUCGUCGCUCUCCCGCUUGUCGCACACAUAACCUCCGGCAUCGUAUUGCGACUCUACAGACGGCGCCAGGCCCUGCAGCGCUACGGCGCCGAGACGCAAACUGACAAGCGCUCGAUCCCCUGGCCCGCGCUGAGCGGCACCAGUCUACUCGGCUAUGCCCUGCUCCCGCUUGCGAGCUUCCAUGUCUGGAGCACGCGUAUCUUGCCGGUAUACAUGCACGGCGACAACAGCUUGAUUAAUCUAUCCUACAUCUCUCACGGUUUCGCAAAUCACCCUUUCAUCUCGUUUGCCGGCUUUUCUGCACUGGUGGGAAUGGGUGUGUGGCAUUUCUCGUGGGGGCUCGCGCAGUGGAUGGGCUGGAAACCGAGUCAAGUCAGUGCGUACUCGGAGCACAAGGAUCUGGAGAGGAAGAGGAGGUGGUAUGUCAUCAAUGGCGUCGCGGCGGCGGUUGCGGGGCUAUGGCUUGCGGGGGGGCUAGGUGUUGUGGGGCGCGCUGGCAAGACGGUGGGAUGGAUUGGGAAGGAGUUUGAUGAGUUGUAUAGCAAGGUUCCGUUUAUGCAAACCCCGUGAGCUGGGCUUGCAUGGACUUAUAAGAUGAGGAAGAGGUAACGUUGGGAUGGUGGUGGAGAUGCGCAUGUAUGAUUGAAAAGGUAGUGCAUGACAGGCGCAGCAUUGCUGGUUGUUUGGUAGUAUACCCCACGAAUGCUAUGAUAGACUUACCAUAUGUUCAGCGGCGC